AUGACCAGGGCUGGACAAACCAGGCAAUCACCACAUGUUCCUGGGGAGGCGACCAAGCAAGAAAGCGUCAGGGUGAGAGGAGGUGGCCCUACCUUGCCGGAGGAUGGAGAGGGGAAUUCCCGCGUCUCCGAUCAGGCGUGCUGCCGCUGCGGUGCCGGCCGUGCGACCGGCGCGAGAGUCGGAUCGGGCGCCUCCUGGUUGGCGGCGGUGACCGGGAGCGGGAGCGCUCUGUCGCCCGCCCAGUCCCCGAACUCCGCCGCGCGGGCCAUCCCGGCGACCGCGAGCGCGAGGCCGAAGAACGUCACGCCAGCCCCGCCGUACCACCAGUCGGCGCCCGUGAGGGUGCCCGUCCGGCCGCCCCGGAAGCCGGACAUUGGCCAGUGGGAUGAAUUCGUCGACGACGACGACGACUUACGGCGCGGCGACGCCGCCAUGCUGCCCCCGCACGAGAUGGUCACCCGCGCGUCCGCUGGUGGGGCCGGGCUGGCCGCGCCGUUCUCCAUGCUCGAGGGCGCCGGGCGCACGCUCAAGGGCCGAGACCUGCGGCGGGUGCGCGACGCCGUGCUUAGGCAAACCAGAUUCCUCGACUGA